AUGGUGAGCUUUGGAUUUUUUAAUAAAGACGAUUUAUGCAGUUUAAAUGAAAUACUAUUGGCACUACCAAAACAAAGACGUACCGGUUUGUUUUCUGCCACCCAAGCUAAACAACUGGAGGAACUUCUCAAAUUUGGGUUAAGAGAUGCGGUGCAAAUAACUAUUACUGAUUCUCAGGAAAAUGAAGUAGUUUUUGAGGUCACACCAUCCUGUUUACAGAAUUACUAUGCCGUGAUGACUGCCGAAAAGAAACUUAUGGCUUUAAUCGAAUUUAUUCGCUCUCAAGUAGAAGCUAAAAUACUCGUGUUUUUUUCGACUUGCUUCUGUGUAGCAUAUAUGAAAACUAUUCUUCCAGUGAUCCUCAAUAAACGGCGAAUUUUCGCAAUACAUGGCAAGAAAAAGAAAAAUCGUGAACAUCAAGUGCAACUGUUUCGAUCAACGCCAAAAGCAAUUAUGCUUUCCACUGAUGUGAUGUCACGUGGAAUUGAUAUUCCAGAUAUAGACUGGGUUGUACAGUUUGAUAUACCUAAACAAUCAAGGUUGUCUGAUAAUUUCUAUUUUCUUUUUAUGAAUUUAAUUUAA